AUGGAGUCUGUAUCAGCCUUGCUUCAGCUCGUGCGUGACGCCGCUAGCGGCGCCCAGAGCUCCAACCUGCGCGAGAGAGAUCUUCUUGCUAGCUUAGAGAGCGUCAGGAAGCAGCUUCAACGCUCUACAAUGCCCCCGGAGUCCAAUGCAAUCGCAAUAUGUCACGUAACAGCUCAAGUGUCGGCUUUCCUGAUCCAAUAUCGACCUCUUGCAGCUCAAAACGCGAGUUCCAAGUGGCACAAGCGCGUGUUUCUCCUCGAGGCCGCAGUGGCAAGUGCAUUCACCAGCUUUACAAACGCUGAGGAGCUGAAAAAUGAAGAUAGAGGAGACUUGUGCAACAUGAUGAAAUGGUUAUACCAAAGGCUCUGGGGGAUGGCGCAGACGCCACAACAGGCUGCCAAAGUCGUUACCGUCAUGACAAAAUUGUGUGUUCUACUGGCAAUUUGCUGGUUGUCCUAUGACCGUAUUGGGAGGCUGAUAAAAGUAGAGAAUCUGCUCACAAUAUGUAGCAAUUUCUGCUCGGAUUAUGAGUCAACCAAGCCGUUAGCCAAGUGGCCGCUGUUUCUACUUGGAAUGGUGGAAAUGACCGAGAAUCAGGACUAUAUCGGGGCUUUAGAGUGUCUUCGGAGUGCUGUGGAAAUAUGUGAUGGCUCGGAGCUAGAUGGAGUGCUCUUCUACUGGUAUGCAGUAGCUUUGAUCCACAGUGGACACUCAGGCGAUGCGGUUAUGGCACUGGAUAAGUGCAUUCGGGCCAAUUACGAACCUACUGCUUGUCUAUCGCUUCAGGCUCUCGUGAACUUGCAAGCGACGGAUUACCAUGCUGCUUCAGAGCAGCUUCAACGCGCACUGGGCAUCAACUUCGAAGAUCCAAAGUCGAUGUUUAACUACGGACUGUUGAUGGAACAAAUGGAUAACUUUGAGGCACAGCAGCAACUACUCGAGUAUGUUUUGGAGUUUUAUGGAGCUGGAAGUGCAGAUUCAACAGCUAAGCAGCUCGGAGAUGCUGAUCAAACAAAGACAACCGCUCUUUUUGACGAAAGGAGUUUGGCAUCUUUACUUCCGUCACGACAGACAAGUUUGGACCUAUCGAGAGUGCAUCUUCACUUGGCUAUGGCUGCUAUGGAAAAUGGCGAUUGGGUGGAGUCAAAGAAGCAUUUUGAAGAAUUUCUUGGUGUUGAACAUCAAUGCGCUAUCACUACCACAGUCUUAGAGGCUGCACGCGACUAUGUCUACGUGCUGCUCCAGUGCAAGCUCCCGUCCUUGGCAUUACGUAAAUGUGAGCAAAAUUUGCAGAAUGCGGUUACCGAUACCGUGAAUGAAGACGAUAUGAUAUCACUGCUGCUACUUCAUUUAUACAAAGCUGACGCGUUACUGUGCUUGGAACGCGUUGAUGAAUGCUGCGAAUAUCUCCAGCAGAUCGUCCAGCCCAAAAUUCAAGAAAUCAUGUCACGAGAACAAGCUACUACUGCUAUUUCAGAAGAGGUUGUAUCGUGCCACACACAGCUUCUCAACAACUUGGCUGUUGUUGUCGCUUGCUGCUCCGGCGUCGAUCCCGCUAUCUCGAUCUUACGUGAAGGACUGCAGCAGUAUCCCGACUGCCUCGCCUUGAAAUUCAAUCUCGUUUUGCUGCUCUGGAGGAAGGACGAUAAACCGGCUGCGUGUACUAUGUGGGUGAAAGCUCGAGGUUGGGAUCUCCAAGCAAAGAUCAAUGGGGCAGAUGUAGGCACUACGUACCAGAAUGCUGCGCUAUCUGCUAGCACAUCUCAAAUGCCAUCCAUUUCGGAGCAUGUGCAAGGCGACCUUGAUGGGGAAGACGGUAUAUCUGCGCAGCAACUUGUGUAUCUGGAUGCGUUGAUUCUAAAUUAUUGGCGCAAAACGCGGGAAUCCCAGCUUGUCGACUAUUCUCUGCAAUACAUCGAGUACCUUGAGAGUCUUGGCACCACAGAUAUCCCUCAGAAUAAUUGA